UUUUACAUACUGUUACACAUUCAUGCUUACAGGUUGAGUUUUCUCUCUGAAGACAAGGAAUACAACUUGGAAAUGAAAGUAAUUGUUUAUAUGUUAUGUAGCUUUUGGGUGGCGUUGUGCGACCCAUCAGUGAAAACAAAGCUGGGAAUGAUUAAUGGCAAAACUAACACAGUGAUGUUUAGGGACAAACAGUUUGUUGUAAAUGAAUUCCUCGGAGUUCCGUAUGCAAAACCGCCCAUGGGUGAGUUGAGAUUUCAAAGACCUCAACCAUACGGAGCGUUCCAACAACCAAUUGAUGGGACGAAAUAUGGAGCGUCCUGUCCACAGACGAAAAUGAAGCAUAUUAACAUUGGAGGCCGCUCGGACAACGAAGAUUGCUUAUUUUUGAAUUUGUAUGUUCCUACAAAUAAGGCCGACACUGGAGAUAAUCAUGCUGUGAUGAUAUGGAUGCAUGGUGGAGGACUUUCUUUUGGGGAUGGUAAUAUGACCGCUGGGACCGUCUUGGCAGGGUAUGGAAACGUCAUAGUUGUGACGAUCAACUAUCGCCUAGCACUGUUCGGGUUCCUAAACAUCGGAGAUGAGAGAGCAAAGGGAAACAUGGGGCUUUGGGAUCAACGACUAGCUUUUCAAUGGAUUAACGAGAAUGUCGGCGCCUUCGGUGGUGACCCCAGCAGAGUCACUAUAUUAGGUGAAUCCGCUGGAGCCAUGAGUGCUCAUUUACACUCACUUUAUCCAGAAAACAGAGGUCUAUUUCAGAAUGUGAUAUCACAAAGUGGAACAGCGACACUUCCAUUUGCUGUUGGUAGUGACAAUCUACCGGCUGCACGCAUAUACGCUGAACACCUUGAAUGUCGUACUGACACGACUGAAGAUAUUUUCCAAUGUUUGAAGUCCGUUGACACUAAGAGGUUCAUAGACGUUGCAGAAGUGAUUGUAGAUAAUGAUACUCUCGCAACACAGGCGUUUUUUGCUCAUACCAUUGAUGGUGAAUUUGUUGCGAGAAGUUCCAAAGAAACCCUUAAACUACCAGAUAGUGACGAGGUGAAGUUUAUGAAAGAAUUGAAUUACAUAAAUGGCGUAAAUGCAGAUGAAGGGGCGUUAUGGGUAAUUAUGCUAGCUGCCAAUCACAAUGGCUCCAUAGACGACUUAAAAGUCGGCAAGGCGGACGUGUCAAUGCUCGUGCCUAUGAUGGUAGGGAUGAUGUGUCCAGGUCAGAACACCCACUCGGCAGUAAGCGAUUUGAUUGACUACGAAUAUACAAAUUGGGCAAACCCUGAGGAUGCAAGAGCAGUGUACACAAAACUGAGCGGAGAUAUUUUCAUGAACGUUCCAGCCAUGGAUUUGAAUUUAGCUCACGCUAACGGCUCAGCGUCUAACACCUGGUUUUACAAUUUCAUGCUCGCACCAGCUCAUCGUUUCUUCAAUCUUCCGAAAUGGAUUUCAACAGCUACACAUGGAGAAGAGAUACCUCACGUAUUUGGGUAUUAUUUAGACAAUGAACAAUGGUUUAAUACAACUGAUUACCAACCACCGGAAAGGGAACUGGAUGUUUCAGAACGAGUGAUGACUUACUGGACCAAUUUUGCGAAAUUCGGGGACCCCAAUGGAGAUGGGCCAGUCACGUGGCCUAAAUACACCCUUGAGACAAUGCAGCACUUAGUAAUUGAUGAGGAAGACUCUAUCGGUCAGAGGUUAUACACGAAGGAGUAUCAGCUUUGGCGGGAAAUUGUCCCUGCUCUUUUAGAAGCAAUUGAAAAUGGCGCGCACACAGGAGAUUCUGCAUUCAAAUCGAAAAUGACAGAUGCGUGUGACGCUGAGGGCAACUGUGGUUGACAAUUUCUCGUAUUGAAAUUUUGAUAACCAGCAUUUUCUUAUUUCUAGAUACUGACUUAUAAAUGGUUCUACUGUAUCUGAUUGAAUGUGUGUAUGAUAUAUUUGUUGUUGGCCUAUAUGAAUAAACAUUGUAUUUUUUCAUAAGACUGUAAGAUUUAUUAUUGCUUGCUUACACAGCUUCAAUGACAUUGAGGUUUACGUUGCCCUAAAUCGCUUAAGAUCGCUUAAUAUCUCAUUCUCGUUUCGCCAUAAAAUGAAUGUAUGUUUAUAAAUCACUAAAUUAAAUGUUAAGAUGUGUAUGGUUCAUAAUAAACUGAACAGUUUGCAUCGUCAUUAGCGUUA